AUGCCGAGGCCAAAGUAUUGCCAACAUCCAACGAGACGCGCAACAUUUACAUCAGGAGCAAAAGGAGUUAGAGCAGUCUCAUUGAAAUUAUCCAUGUCUUUAAUCAGUCGAUAUGAUAUCACGGACACUCGUGUUCAUUGGCUCUGUCCUAGAUGUCAUACGUUGGAAUCAAGUGAACUGAAAAUUCAUCAACCAAUGCAAAUCAACAACAAUCGAAGCCUCACUGAUACUGAAUAUACGGUAGAAGAUAUUUCUUCUGGUGAAGAUGAUGACGAUGAAGAAGAUGCUGACGAAGAAAUUUCGUAUGACAAUCUAGAAGAUGAGGAUGUUUACAUGAAUGACAACAUGGAAGCUGAGAUAAAAGACAACGAUAAAGAAACUGAUGCUGAACCAAUGGAUGAAGAAUCAGAUGAUGUUUCUUAUGAUCUCGAAUAUCACCAAAAUGAAGCAAUAGAAAAAUUAUCCACUAUCUUUCGAUUAUUGAAUAUAAAACCAAUUCAAGACAAGGUGGCUGUCCGUCCCAUUCGUGCUAAGAUCGAUGAAGUAUACAGAUAUCUUCAUGGAUUAUGUGAUGUGUUAGAAGGACAACCGCAAUAUCAACGCAAUUUUAAUUCAGGACAAAACCAGGCACGGCGAUCACUUGUUCUGAGAAAAAACGGAGGAGUUUUAGCUUAUUCACAGUGUUUACGAGGAAAUUUGCCUUUAUCCGAUGCAACAUUUGACGCUGUGGUUAAAUUUUACUGCGAAGAUGAUAUAAGUCGAGUGUCAUCUAAUGUCAAAGACACGAUCCUCAUCAAUAAACAACCGGUACCGGUUCGAUUUAUGGAAAUGACAGUCUUAGAUGCUUAUCGAAUAUUCAACGAAAGACAAUCUGAUGCUGUAGCACGAUCGACUUUCAACUCACUUCGACCUCGAGAAGUCAAAAUAGCCUCACCACAUGAAACAUGUAUGUGCACUACCCAUGAAAACAUGGAUCUUCUAUUAAAGGUUUGUCCCUAUUGUCAAUGA